CAUUAACACGAAAAAACGAUUCCCGUACUCAGGAAGCGUUUCUGAGAAUUAUUCAUUUUAGUGGGCAACAUGGUCUUCGUUACUUAACGUUUAUUUUACACUGUUCUGUUAAAUGGGCCCUGCUAGCCAGCAUGGUAAAUCACAUCCGAAAGAAGUGGCAUUCUGACCGUAAAGGACGCACUGAUCGUGCCAACAUCGCUGGUAUGAGCCUUCUGAUAUGGAGAAUAUCCGCAUGUACAUCUUACUCUUGGAGCUCCUCCAGUACUCAGAUUUAUGCAUGAAUCUACCAGCCCCUGUAAAUACAUACAUUUAUUCCCAUAAUUUUGUCCACUUGCUCACCUGGGAGCCUGGAUCAGGGUCUCCUGAAGAAACAUGUUUCACUGUCUUGGUUCGUUCACUCAGAUACAGGACUAAGUGGACAACUGUCAGGAAUUGUGCACUGGUGCGUUCUCCUCUCCAGUGUAAUCUGACCGAUGAGUUCUCAAAUCCAGAAGAGACCUACUAUACCAAUGUGUCUGCCCACCUGGGAAACCAGAUCUCUGCUCCUGUAUCCUGCCCUGCGUUCCAGCCACUUAAAGAUACCAUUCUAGAACCUCCCUUGCUGAAGGUCUCGCAGUGUAACCAGUCAUUGUGUGUGCAGCUCCAGCCUCCUUCCCCAAGGCUUUUCAGUGUCUAUAACUCCCCUUUACAUGGAUUUCAGUACAAACUACAUGUCACUGUAAAUGGGGAAGAUGAGUUCUGGAUGACUACCAAGGGGCUGAAUGAUGUGGUUCUGAAGCACUUACCUCCAGGCCAGGAGUACUGUGUAUCUGUUGGUAUAGUGCAUCGCAGGACUACCAAUAGACCAGCAGUAUGCAUUCUUACGACUGUGGCAGUACCCAACUCAGGUGCAGCCUUCUCGGUGGCUCUGAGCUUGCUGACUCUGCUGUGUGGGAUGUGCUGCUUUCUGUUGUGGAGCUCUGGGUUCUUUUGUCUGACAACCCAUCUGCCUUCAGUCCUGAGCUCUUUCAAGAAACCUUAUACAGAGUCCUUAUUGUCCUGGUCUUUUGAUGGGUCCAUCACCUCUAUCUCAGUGGAGCCCAGAGCCAACGAAGAGGAAGCCGAGGGGAUGGCAGGAGAGGAGGAGGAUGCAGGGGUGGUAUAUGAGGGGCGACAGAGUCACACUCUCAGUGGUGAGGAAGCCUCUGAAAUGGGCUCCUUUUCCUCCUCUGGCUCCCCGGUGUGGAAUAGGAGUCCAUAUAUGGGUGCUAGUGACGAUGUUCUUGAAACACAAGCAUCCCCUGUGCAAGUUGGAGAGGCCUCAUGUUGCACAGCUCCCACAGAGGAGGUUUUACCGCCACCGUGCAAAACCAGCUUUCAGUGGAAGCCAGAAGUGCCCAAAGCCACAAGCCAGGCCUUGGACAUAGGUGUUUUAGAGCCAGAGUCAGGCAUGCGAGAGCUUAGACAGAAGCAUACAAGUGCCUUCAGGCUUGCACAUGGAACAGAGGUCAAGGGCGGAGUCAACAUCAACCUUUCCUCUCUGACCCUGGGAGGCCAUUGGGGCGAAAAGGAGAAGAUUCCAGAGGAAAUGAGAACUGGAUGCUCAGGGAAUAACAUCCAGGUGGAAUCUGGAGUGCUGUCAUCUCUCCACAGGGCAUCAGAUGUGGCUCAGAACAGUCAACGCACAUGCUCUCUAAACUCCAGCAGCAACAUGUCAGGUGCCGAGGAGGAAGAAGAGAUGGAAGAUUCCACAGGUUAUUUGCAGCGGAAUUAAAAUCUUUUGUGGUUGAACACACCUACAGCAGUAUUGUGGUUUAAUAACAUGAUGGCAGGACUUUUACUUUUGGAACCUGAAUUAUCUCUCUCUGGAAAUGGCUGUGUUUGUGUGCAUGUGUAUUGUGAAUAUCUUAAGGUAUCAUGGUAUUUACAACAUUUACUUCAUCCAGUUGAUCAGGAUAUUGCAAAGCAGGCUUUAUCCAUAAUAGCAUUAACUGUGUGCCAAUAUUUUUAAUAGCCUCAUUCAUAAGGCAUAUCAGAUGGGAUCUGGUCCCUGCUUCUCGUUGCUUGUAACAGUAUUGCAAAAUUACCCGUCUCUGAACAAGUGUCUACCAAAUUGUAUAAAUGUCAUUUUCGCCUAUUGUCAUUCUGAUAAUGUGAAUGUAUACAGUUUGGAAAAGUUAUUUUUCUUGUCAUCUAAUCAAUGGUUUGCUGGCUUGUUGAGCAUGGUUACACGGAUACAUGGAUGACGUAUGUCAUGUCUUUCAGUGACCUUGACCUUUAUAGAGUUCAACAGUAUAGCUGUAUGUUUCAUUUUCCACAUUGGUUUGUGUUCACGUAGAAGCAUGAUUUCAUCAUUACUGUUUACUAAGCCCAUGCUUCAGCUCUAUUGUAUUGUAUUAAAUGUCAGAAAAAACAAUUCUGUAGAACAAAGUUUAAAGGCAGUUAAUACAUGAACAAUGUAUCAACUUAGAACCAAGUUGUAUUUUGGGUUAUCAGUAACACAUUACAUGUAUCUAUCAGAUGUUGCCUAUUUGCUUAGAACUCAAUCCCUCAAAUACAGUAAACGUUUGCCUA